AUGUCGAAAGGCGCCGCUUCGGCGUCGAGCUCCUUUCCCGGGCCCGGAAUGGAGCCAGACACGUCCGACGCGCCCACCCCCGAGUACCGCUACCUAGUCGAGAUUGCACAGAUGAUGUUCGUCUUUGCCGAUGUCGUUGAUCCUGCGCCCGAAGUAACGCGCCUCGUCGAAGACAUCGUGCGCAGCCAGGUCAUCGAGAUGAUCAUCCAGUCACGACGCCUUGCACAACGCCGUGCAUCCAAGUACCUCUCUCCCGAAGAUCUCAUCUUCCUCAUCCGCUACGACCGCGCCAAGGUCAACCGACUGCGCACGUAUCUCAGCUGGAAAGACGUGCGCAAGAACGCCAAGGACUCGGGCGACUCAGGCGGCGCUCCGAGUGGAGCCACCGAGAUGGAUGCGCUCGACGACCAAACAGCGAUCGAAGGGCCGAGUAUGAAGGCGACCAAGAUGAAGAUCCGGCUGCCGUGGGAGAUCUCGUCCAUCUACUCGGAGCACGUGCUGGCGCUGCCCGGCGCCGAUGGCGAGGAGGAGGAGGAUGACGACGAUAUCGAGGCGCACGAAGCGUCCAUGCAGAGACUCAAGGAUGCCGACGAGGCAACCAGGCGCAUGACGCGCGACGAGUACGUCCACUACUCCGAAUGCAGGCAGGCGAGUUUCACAUUCCGAAAGGCCAAGAAGUUCCGCGAGUUCAUCAACUCCAACGCGUAUCUCGACGUCAAGCCCAACGACGACAUCAUCGACAUCCUCGGCUUCCUCGCCUUUGAGGUGGUGCGCGAACUGUGUCUGGGCGCCGUGGCGAUCAAAAAGGCGCUCGAGGAACAGCAGGCUGCGCGGCUACGUGCCGAGGUGCAGCCUCCGCAAAAGCGCAAGCUCGAACGGAACGCUGCUGCUUCGGCGACCAAGCGUCCCAAGUCCGAGUCUGGCGCAACCGCAGCAUCCGAUGCCGAAGACUCGGCCACGGCAGCCGACCGCACCGUCACGGCAACGGCCGACGCGGAUGCAGACGCAGACACAGCGGAAAGCACCGCCGCAGCCGCAGCCGACGACGAGCUGUGUACGCUCUUUUCCGUGCCGCCGUCGGUCGAAACGCCGCUGCUCGCCUCGCACAUCCACGAAGCCUUUGCGCGUCUCCAGCGCAAGCAUCCUGCGGCGCUCAGCACCGGCUUGCGUGGCUCCUCCGGUCCAGGCGGUCUCCGCCGCACACGCGUCUUUGUCAUCUGA